UAGCAAACAAACAUGUGCUUGAGCAAAUGCUUGAGCUUUCAUUGUUCAUGUUUAAACGGAUAUAUUUUUUUUGUAGCAGGGUCUUUUUGUUUCGCCUCUUUUUUGGUUACGACAACCUUAAAAUCACAUAUAUAUUCCUUAUUACCAGGGUCUUAACUUGAACUUUAAUAAAAGUACUUUAUAAAAAAUGGCUGAAAUUGAAGAUCAUCAUUUCGAAACCGGAGAUUCUGGUGCUUCACAAACUUAUCCUAUGCAAUGUUCCGCAUUGCGUAAAAACGGUUUUGUUAUGCUCAAGGGUAGACCCUGUAAGAUUGUUGAAAUGUCAACUUCCAAAACUGGCAAGCACGGUCACGCUAAAGUUCACAUGGUUGGCAUUGAUAUUUUCUCAAAUAAGAAAUAUGAAGAUAUCUGUCCAUCUACUCACAACAUGGAUGUUCCCCAUGUAAAGAGAGAAGAUUACCAAUUGACCGACAUCAGUGAUGACGGUUACUUGACCUUGAUGUCUGAUAACGGUGACAUCAGAGAAGAUCUUAAAUUGCCAGAAGGUGAUUUGGGUAUUUCUUUGAGAAACGAUUUCGAUAACGGCAAAGAACUUUUGUGUACAGUCCUCAAGUCUUGCGGCGAAGAAUGCGUUAUUGCUACUAAGACUAAUACUGCUCUUGACAAGUAGAGUGGUUUUAGUGUGUCUUAAGAAGAGUUCUUUUUUUACCAAUAAUAAAAAAAAUUAAAAAUAAUAAAAAAUAUGUUGUGUUUUUACCAUCUAUAACAACAACAGCUAUAACAAAAUAACAAACAAAAACAACAUUAUUCAAAUUAGAAGAUUGAAGUAAUAGAAAAAGGACUUGUUAAAAUAAUAAAACAAAAACAAACUCUA